UAUCUCCUCUAUUAAGGAACAUUGACUUACCUUUAAUUAUUUCUCUAAUUGCUCUCUCUCUCUCCGCAUCUUACGUUCAAGAUUUGUUGAUUGACAUCAGGUUUGUUCAAAAUGUCUGGGGAAAUAAACCUACAACACAUUCAUCUGAAUGAGGUGAGAGAUCGACCGACGAAUCCGUAUGUGAGCUGUAUGGACAGACAAAGCAGAGGCACAGAAGCAGGAUCUGAUUAUCUUAACUUGGAAGAAGAACAAACAGAUAAUCUCUAUAUUAGCAUCGUGAGCCGACAGAGCAGAGGAUUAGAAGUUGGUUCUGACUAUGAUUUUGGGAUAGGGGGCAGCAGUGGAAAAGAAAAUGAUGCAUAUGACACAAUAGGCGAUAUAAAUAACGGGAAAAAGGAGAAUUUUGUAACAACAACAGCUGAGUCGAGAGACGCGUCUGAAAGCACCGCCAGAAUCGGAUUUUUCACAAAAAAGAGACUUGUUCUAGGAGCUGUUGUACUAUUUAUAAUUGUUGCUGUCGUAUCAAUUGUGACUCCACUUACACUUGGAGGGGAUGGAGACGAGCAAUUAAAGAGUAACCAGAAAACAAUGCUUUGUCCUAAUGUGCCUUCUACAGGAAUGAAUUAUCCUGCAGCAGGGAAAACAGGAAUUCAGGGACGUCGGUUCUUGAUAUGUUUUACUGACAAUCACCCCAAAGCUACAAACCAAAGCAAGACCAUAUUUAUUUUAUCAGAAGAAGAUUUUGAGUUUAAAUUGGUGUCUGAGUUUUUAGAUUCAUCACAACUAUUCAACGAAGUAGAGACACAAUCCAGAAACUUGAAAGAAAUAAACGUGACAAACACGAUAGCACUGUCAUAUUUCAAAGUUGAACAAAAAGCACUACUGAUUGAGACUACUAAGGAUGCUUCCGUUAUCAUUAUUGACAAUUAUAUACACUCGUCUGAUAGCACAGUAAUUCUUCCAAUAAAUUCGAUAUCGAAAUCAUACAUAAUUUCUACUGCCUAUAGCGAGUUCAACAAUACUUUUCCAAAUUCUCAAUUUGCAAUAGCUUCCCCCAAAAAUGGUACUGUAAUCAAAAUUUAUUUUCAUUUUGAUCCUGAUUUGCCAUUGAAAGUAGAUGGAAUAACAUACCGAAAUGGCAGUACAAUGAUUCUCGUUUUAAAUGAGCUUGAAACCUAUCAAAUAUGGCAUAAAGUAGAUGCAUCAGGAACAUUUAUCCAUGCAACAUCGCCAGUAGCAGUAUUUUCUGGCAGUCAAUGCGAUAAAAUAGCUUUUGAACACAAUAGUGAUUUUGGAUAUUGCAGUAAGCAUGAUGAACAAAUUCCACCAAUUGAUAGACUUGAUAAAAUGUAUAUAGUACCACCUAACUAUAACAGGAAAGGAACAAUUUUGAAAAUCGUGUCUCCUUUCAAAAACCGCCUUACGUAUAAAAUUGGAAAUAAACAAACAGUGAAAACACUUCAGCCGAAUGGAUAUUUUGAAGUCAAUUUCUCGGACGAAGAAGUUGUUGUGAUCGAUUCAGAGAAGCCAGUUCUGGUCACUAGUUUUUCUACUGGAUCUUACUUCACAGGUGACCCUUACAUGAUUACUGUACCAGGAAUUAGGCAGUAUACAGACAAAUAUCUAGUGACAGUUCCUGGAAAUUUUGAAAAAAGUUAUAUUGGUCUAAUGAUUGAGGAAAAAUCUCUUUACAACAUGGUACUUAAUGACACAGAAAUAAUACAGUACUUGAAUGACAGAAAAUUCUAUGCCACCGUGACGAUCAAGGACAUCAAAUUUGUCGUGCUGGUUUUACAAGUGUCGGGAGGGAUGUUAAAAAUUAAAUCUACUAAUAAUGCCGCCUUCGGAUUAAUCGUUUAUGGUCAUAGAAAAAACGACGGACAUGGUUUUGCAGGAAAAGCAGUGCUAUCUGACACCUGUGCCGACUCUUAUGAAUAACACGGAAGUCUUUUUUGUGAAUAAUUUCUCAAUUUAUUUUCUUUCACCUCGUGGAGAGAUUUCUCUUUCGGAAUAGGUAUCGCAGCAGACUUGCUUUCAUGAUCGUGGUGAAGAUGUAACUAUGCAAUGGCGAUUGAUAAUGUAAAACUAUUGAAAUGAAAGUGAAAAUAUCCUUUAUAUUCAGAGACGAAUAUACUUACAAAAGUACCAUAUGGAUUUUAUUAAUUUUUAACUUUAUAGAACUGCAAUUUGUUAGUUUUAGGUUUUAUUUAUGUUUUAAUGUGUAGCAAGUUAUUAUGAGGGGAAAAAAUACGAGACCUUUAGAGUACCUAGCCAAGAAAUAUGACUACAAGGAAAAGGGGUCUUAAAUAGUGGGUAUGACCUAAAAUUUAAGGCUUAGUUAUAUGUAUAAAAAAUAUAUUUUUUUGAAGGCUUAAUCACAUAUUUUGUUAUGAUUGAUGUACUUGAUGCAAAUAAAUUUUUGCAUAUUCCAUUC